AUGUCUAGUUCGAACAGUUCCUUGUCUUCUCCAAAGGUUAGGCGUUUGUCGGAGGGUGAGUCACUGGCAGGAGAAAUGACUUCAUCCGAUCAUUCCCUUUCAAUAGCAGAUUCUCAGAUCUCAGAUAUUCUCAAAGAAUUAACAGGGCUCCAGAGUGAAGUCGUUGCUUUACACAGCUCUCUUAAGGAGAGCAACGAACAGAUUCGCCGAGACAUCCAAGACUUUUGUUCUAUAGGAGAGAAUGACCUAAGUCCUUCCAACGCUACCUCUUCCUUCCACGAGUUUCAAACUUGA